AUGUCAUUUGAAGAUGUUAUCACCAGAGGUGAAGAUUUUUUGAAUGAAUAUCCUAGGCAAUAUACCUUAUGGAAUGUUGCUUCUCAUAUGGCAUGUUUAGGUAUGAUAGCGGGGUCGAAAUUUUUCCUUAAUUUACUAUAUAAACCAGAAGUUCAUAAUAUUGAAAACCUAGACAAUGCUUUAGCUAGAGCUCGUAAAGAAAAUAGAGGGUUAUUGACAGUUAUGAACCAUAUGUCUGUAGUAGACGAUCCAACAUUUUAUGCUGCAUUACCUUGGAGGUUCCAUUGGGAUAUUGAUACUAUCAGAUGGGGAUUUGGUGCUGAUAAUAUAUGUUUCUCAAAUAAAUUCAAUUCCUAUUUCUUUAAUUUGGGUAAAAUUUUAGGAUGUAAAAGAUUCGGGGUUGGUCCAUUCCAACCAAGUGUUGAUGCAGCUAUUAGAAUCUUAUCACCUGAUGAUACCUUAGAUUUAGAAUUAUUACCAAUACCAAGAAAUACCAAAACCAAAUCUAACUACAACUCAGUUAUAUUACAAGAAUUAAAUACCAAACCAAUUAUUGAUAUUGUUAAACCAAGUACUCCGGAAUUAAUGAGAAAAUCUCCAUUUAUAAGGACGAAAACCUCAUGGUUUCAUGUAUUUCCUGAAGGAUUUGUUUUACAAUUAGAAGAACCUCAUAGUAAUUCCAUGAGAUAUUUUAAAUGGGGAGUAGCGAGAUUAAUCUUAGAACCUACUAGAGCUCCUGUUGUAUUACCCAUUUUCAGUUAUGGAUUUGAAAAGAUUGCUCCAGAAGAUACGGCUGAUGAAGGAAUUUAUAGAUAUUUACCCAAUAAUAUGGGCUCAGAAGUUCAUAUUGUAAUUGGUAAAGAAGUUGAUGAUUCAAAGUUAGAAGGUUAUAGAAGUCAAUGGAGGAAAUUAUGUGAUAAAUAUAUUGAUCCUAAGAAACCCAAUGAUUUGUCGGAAGAAUUAAAAUCAGGUAAAAAGGCUCAAAAACUUAGAGGUGAAGUGGCUGCAACGUUAAGACAAUCAAUAUUAGAUAUUAGGAACACUUUAAAUUUCAAACCUGAAGAUCCAAGAUUCAAAGAUCCCGCCUUUUGGAAAGAAUAUACUUUAACUGAAGGGAAAUCAGACCCUUCGGUUAAAUUUAUUGGUAAGAACUGGGCUAUAAGAAGAUUUCAAAAGCAUUUGCCAGAAUAUAAUGAAGAAGAUUAA